UUCCUGCAAGUUCCGUUUUCAGUGUAGUUAGCAGUAUCGAGUUUCUCAGUAAGGAAACAGGUCCGAGUGAUGACGUCAGCAUACCGCUUCAGUUACGCGAUUAGGCGUAACGAACCGUUUCAGUCACGCGAACAGUCGCGACCCUAUAGAAUGACGAAUAGGUCGCAUAGCGCGAUAGUGACGAACAGGUACAUUAGCGAAUAGGUACUUUCCCUAGAGAUAUAAAUCCUUGUAAUGCCUUUCUAUCAUCAACCUUGACUUUACACAGAAUUAUGUGCUCAGGUUAUUCAACCUUCGACUACCCACAAGUUCAUGUGCUCAGGUUCACUCUGAUAAGACUUCCGCUGUCUUACUAGUCUACCAUUCCAGCAAAGAUCCUUGGUUAAGUACUCGUGUUAGCAGAUUUUACACUUAGUCUACUGCAACACCAGACGAUUUACUUCAUGGUAUGAAAGCUAUCUGGAAUUAAGACUACCGUCAACUAUGACUGGUCCAACACCAGCACCAUCCGCUGGAUCAGUUACUGGGACUACUGGAGCACAUUCCUCCACUACCGCCGCUGGUCUCUCAGCUUCUGGGCAUUUUCCACCAGCCUACGCUAACAUCGGUAUGCAGAAUCCGCCUUCUGUGAAUACUCCAGGUGCUCCAUCAACUGCACCUGCAACGCAACAGCAGCAAUCACAGACAACAGCUCAGCAACAAGCAUCAGUUCAGCCACCAGUUUCAACACAAUCGAUUUCGUCUGCAUUCAGUGGAAUGAGCCUUGAUGGCUCAAGUUACUUGCGUGGAGCUACAGCUCCAAGUACUGGUUCGUUCGCUUUCUCACCUUUCGUACAGCAGCCGCAGUCGCAGCAGUUUCAGCAUCCUUUUUAUAUCUUCGGACGUUCUCCUGCUCAGCAACCACAGCAAGUACAGCAACAGCAGUAUCAGCAACAACAGCAACAGCAACAGCAACAGCAGCAACAACAGCAACAGCCAGGCAUCGUUUUUCAACCUCCAAACUUACUUAACAAUACUCAAAUCAAGACAACUGUACCUUUCAAUGGUGUUGAUUUCUACUCCUGGAGCUUCGAGUUCGAGCUUCUGGCGCAGUCCGCUGGAUUAUGGCCGUUUUUCACUGGCGAGUUUACAUACCCUGUCGUGGGAACACAACUGGAGCAGCAGAGUUUUUUACAUGCCUCUCUCGGGGCAUAUACAGUUCUUGUACGGAACUUGUCGCCGAAGGAGCAGCUCGGCGUUCGAUCUUUUCACUCAAGUUUCACACCAGCCGAAACUGCAUGGAGACACUUAAAAGGGGUGUAUAUGGCGCGGGAUACGAUAACAGUGAGUAAAAUCCUUUCGCAGCUGACAAAUGUGCAGAUGAUGACAAACGAAAACGUCAUGGACUACGUCAAUCGCGUCCGUACACUACGCGAUCAACUUGAAAAGAGCGGAGGAUACUUCCCUCGUGAGAUGUAUCUCACGGUCCUUCUGGCUGGCCUUGGACCCGAAUGGCGACAGACGCGCGCCUUCCUGCGUAUGAAUCAGAAUCUCUCAGAAGCUGAAAUUCCGUCGUAUCUUCAAGCGGAGCAGCAAGAUCUUGACCUGCAGUCACAACGCAACAAACAGGGAGAUAUACAACUCAGUUUCUAUUCAACACCAACUCGACGUCCUCGAGACUUCUGUCAAAUUUGCAACAAGGGAGGACAUUCUACCGACCGAUGCUACUUUAACAAGCGGUAUUUACCUCCUGAAGAAACGCAGAGGUCGCAAUCAUUACAGCACCGACGACAGCCUUCGAAGCAGUUUUUGCAGCAACCUAUGCCUCCAAAAUCAGCAUCUGCAAUAUCAACACCACCAACGACACUCAGUUCUGCCCCUCCAAGCAACUCAUCAAAGGCGACAGCAAAUACUUCAAACUCUGCCACUAAUACGGUAACUUCAAAUUUUCGUUUACCUACUUCAUCCACUCACAUGGUCAAUUGCAGUACAGAUACCGAUACUUGGUACUUGGAUAGUUGUUGUGGCCAUCAUAUGGUCUCUUCAACCAAUCCUUUCAUCUACAACCGUCGUCGACUUCGUCAACCCUGCCCAAUCACACUCGCCAACGGUCAAACAAUUUCAGCAGAAAAUAUCGGCAGUCUACUUUUGACAUCAAUUGAUACGGGCAAGUCUUUAUGCCUUACCAGCGUUUUACUCGUCGACAAUCUUGGCUUCAAUUUAGUGUCAACUCUUCAACUCUUGAAGAAGAAAAUCCGCACGGUCGGAAACUGCACGACACAGGAGCAAGAAUUAAUACAUGACGUGGACAACACGUAUAUCGGAAGAGCAGCAACAAAGAAUGGCGUAUUCGUCUUACGCUUCAAGGCAGCAAAACCUUUUGAAGAUGCCGCUUCUCUUCAAGCUCCUUCAAUCAUCGCAGCAGCCGCUUUGGUAACUGUUCCACCGAUUGAACUCAGCAGCAGCGAAGAAGAAACUCCGAGUAGCAGCACCGCCAACAUCCCUGCCGACACACCUGCUGUUAAUAUCAAAGAAGAUAUUUGUCAAGAACACGAGGAAAUUCUGCAACUUGCACCUGAAUUAUUCUUCGACGCUACAACUACUCUCGACAAGACUUCUGCCAAUUCUUCAACAACCGGUUUCGACAAGCCUUCAGAAACAUCUUCAAGUACCACUCCAUCGGAGAAAGGUUAUGCACUCUCAAGGUUUUUCCUACCUUCAUAUUUCAUGCUCUUGAUUCUUGCUUGGCUGGCUCUAGCAGCAAGCGAGCUCAGUACCCCGCUGCAGACUCUCCUAUCCUACAGAGAAGUCAAUAAUCACACUACGAGUUCCAACGACUACGAGCAAGGCUUGGGCAUCAACUGCUACCCAACCCCUCGUCAUCGCGUUCAAGAAAGCAACGAAGCAGAAGGGUUGAACAGUGCCCUACACGAGCUACGUGAGCAGCUGCGUGCACUGCUGACUCAACAAAUUUCUCUGCCCGAAACUGCACCAUCAGAUCUGCCCGUCACUUCUCGGUUCUUUUUCAAACCCCAGAAUGAUGUCGAGGCUCCUCUACACCACGUCCAACACUCUUGUGGUUUUGCAUUCGUCCCCUUCGGCCUUGCCACGUUCGUUGGCGCAACCCCAAUCACUUACAACGUGACUCUUUUUUUUUUUUUUUUCUCUGCCGAAGUGAGGGGGGGAAGAAGGAUCUACACGCACUUCGUCAAAGCCAAAAUUCGUCAAUGGAAUGACCGCCGACAACUUACAGCACAUCAAGUUUACACGUCACAAGAUUCUAAAUUGCAGAUUUCAUUCGCUGGACUCCAACCACGACGUGACUACAUCGAACUUCCAGGAAUGAAGGGGAGUGUUGUGAUAAAUGACGUUUCACAUUCCUGCAAGUUCCGUUUUCAGUGUAGUUAGCAGUAUCGAGUUUCUCAGUAAGGAAACAGGUCCGAGUGAUGACGUCAGCAUACCGCUUCAGUUACGCGAUUAGGCGUAACGAACCGUUUCAGUCACGCGAACAGUCGCGACCCUAUAGAAUGACGAAUAGGUCGCAUAGCGCGAUAGUGACGAACAGGUACAUUAGCGAAUAGGUACUUUCCCUAGAGAUAUAAAUCCUUGUAAUGCCUUUCUAUCAUCAACCUUGACUUUACACAGAAUUAUGUGCUCAGGUUAUUCAACCUUCGACUACCCACAAGUUCAUGUGCUCAGGUUCACUCUGAUAAGACUUCCGCUGUCUUACUAGUCUACCAUUCCAG